UUAAGUCAAUUGUUUGGGCUUUCGGUGGAUUUUGUUUAUUAUUUGGGCUGUUAUAGUCUAGCCCAUUUUUUCUCUUCGCCACAAGCUGUCUCCGUCUUCUGUCGACUUAAUUUUUUUCCCCGUACCUUUGCGACUUCCAUCUCUUCCGUUUCUCAUCUCUUCAAUUUCGUCUCCACCAGUAAAUCACCACUAACUGAAUCCUUGAUUAAGCUCAUUCAAUGGAUUCCUUUCACCUUCUUCUCUGUUUUUCUAUAUAUAAAUCUCUUUUUCUAUCUUAUCUUCCCAUCCAAGUUGAAAAGACUCUCAAAACUCAUCCCGAUGGAAUCCACCGGCAACUCAUCCGUCUCCGGCGAUCGCAAAGCCAGCAAGAAGACCGUCGCCUCCUCUGUGACUGCGAAACCAAACGGAAAGUCCCCUGUUUCGUCUACCAAUCCGAUGAACCCAAACACUGUUACCGCUCUGUCCUCCGCGCAUGCAAACCAAGUGAUGUUCUUCAGAGAUGUUUCACUCGGCCCAUGCGAAGCUGAGUUGAGGUUUCGUCUGAUUCACUUAUGGGAGGCUCGAAAUAUAUACACGAAAACCCUGCUUGGAAAAGAGAUGCUCCUUAUUGACGAAGAGGGAACUGUUAUUCAAGGUUUUGUUCCAGCUGGUCGAGUAGGGACAUUUGAUCUGGUAGCUGGUUCCGUCUAUAAGCUCAGGAAUUUUUUCGGAUCCAGGAACAAAACUCAGUUCUCGGUUGCUGAUCAUAUCGCCAUCGUCUCAUUCAGUUGGAAUUCUGAUUUAUCCGUUUUUGAGAACCCUCCGGUUCUGAUUCCAGAAGACAGGUUCAGGUUCCACAGCUUCGAGGAGUUUAUGGCCAACUCUGAUUCCAAGGGUGAUCUUUACGAUUAUGUUGGCCACAUGAGGCUGGUGAAUGGGCAGACUCUCACUGACCAUACUGUUCUUGACGAAGUUGCCAUAACUAAGAAGCGGCAUCUAUGUGUUCAUGUUCAGACACAUGACGGACCAGUGAUGAAGCUCUAUCUAUGGGAUAAUGCCGCAUCUGAGUUUUGCCAGAAAUUUAAAUCGUAUGGAAGGACCCCACACGUUCUUUUGGUCACCACAGUGAACCCUAAACAUCUUGGAGGAACCCUUUGUCUCACUUCUGUGUCAUCAUCUCGAGUGUUCAUGGAUGACGAUGUUCAGCCUAGCAAGGAUUACUUUGAAUGGUUGAGCUCCAACACAGGUAUUGCUAAUAGGAUUGCUGCUGAGGUAGUCGCAAAGCCUGAGGCAGUGACUCUUGAGGAGCUAUUCUCCUACAUUAAGCAGGAAGCUUCUAAGGUUGCUUGGUUUGAAUGCACAGCAACUAUAGAUGAUGUUGUCCAGUGUUCUUCUUGGUAUUACGUUUCCUGCGGUGGAUGUAAUAGUAAGGCAGUUAAAGGUCCUACUUCUCUGAUGUGCAACAACAAGAAGUGUGAGAAGAGUGAAGUCACAGGCGUGCCUCAGUACCUCACGAAGAUUUCUGUUUAUGAUAAGAGCGAGCAAGCAGUUUUUGUCAUCCUUGGUAAUGCCGGCAAGGAGUUGACUGGGAAACAUGCAGCAGAAUUGGUUGCUAAUUUCUUUGAGUCUAAUGAGGGAGCAGGAGCUGACCAUUGCGUUCCGGUUCCACAAGCUUUACUUGAUACAAUAGGGCAGACACGGAAGUUCAUUGUGAAAGUGUCGGACCAUAACUUGAAAGGCAAGACUCAUACCAUAACUGUCACAAAGAUACUCCCACCAGAAGCUGCACUUCCAGCAACGUCCGAUGAUAUUCCUACGACUAUGGGUGAUGGAUCUGCUCCUUCCAGCGGCUUUGGAGAUCCUGCGGGUGAUAAGGCUAGAAAAGCUGCUGAUAGUCUUGAGUCAGACGAUGCCAAGCGUUCCAAGAGUGGCUAAUAUAGCUUCAGCAUAUCCUCUUACUGUUUUUACGUUUAUAUAAAGACUUUGCCUUCUUUCAAUUUUAAUCUUCAGACUUUUGUCUUUUAUGUUUAAGUUAUUCUGAUACAAUUUUCGUUAUAUGGUUUUUACUUAUCCCUUUAAGCAUCUACUUAUCCUAAUAUGAUCUUUUAUAUGUUUUUUUUCCUAUCACUUUAGGCAGUUCACUUUAGAAACAUACGAUUAGGAAUGUUGAUAACUUACGAUUUUCCUUGAACUUGGGUAUAAACAUCUGAGAAUGUAUGCAUAAUCUAUUAGUUAUAAUCGUAUAAGCUUCACUUGCUUAUGUGAGGAUUUUAUUUUCAUGUCCCAAGUUAUUUUUAUGCUUUUUUUUGAGUUUUUUUAUUAAGUAUCAAUUAUAAGGAUGAUAUUUGGCUGAUUUUAGUAUCAAAGAAUUGAAUAGAGUUAUAUCAGAUUAUUUAUGAGAAUAUCUAUUUACCAUAUUUGUAAAAUCAUUGCUUUAAUAAAAGGCAAGUAUUCACGAGAAUCAAGCCCUUCUUAUUCUCUCUACAAAAAUGCUAAUAUGCCUUCUCUAAACACAAAAAAAAAAGUUCCAUAAAAGUGUAAGUUUUUUAAAUCACCUAACCCUCUCCAUAAGAAGUUCCAUAUUCUAAGAUGUUUAUGUUUUAUUGAUCGCAUACUAAGGUUUGGAUCUUGGACGAAAUGGGGAAACCACCUUCGACAAGCAAUCUGGACACCGGAGGUAAGACAAAGAAUUAUUUAGCUGUUUCAAAGGAAUGAUUUUACAUAUUUAGUCUGAUUGAAUAAGGAUCCUAGACUACUUAUGCUACGUACUUUUAUAUCUGCGUAAGGACAAAAUUACACACAGAAGGUCUUACAAAUCACUUAAUUUUAAAUACAAUUGUGUAGUAUUACUUACAACACGUUUUGAUGAGAUGAACCCCUGGAUCACAGUGCAUAAACCAUUACUCAUUCAAUAAGUAUAAGUUCCUUCUAUUUAUAUUGACCAUCACCAUCUGUAACAACCAAUUUUUUACAUUUGGCAUUUUGACUUCAUUUGUGGUUUUUUCCCAAAAGAAACAUUGAUUUCUUAUUCACUUAUAUUACUUUUGGUAUAAAUAAAAAUUAUUAAAUCUGUUAUAAAAUUCAUUUAUAUGUUUAUGAAACUGAUCUAAAAUUGUAUGUGAGAAGAUAUACGAUUUUGAAAAUGUAUAGUCCCGUGCAAGGGUGGAGUCGUUGACUUUUUUCCUUUAUGUCUUACAAUAUUAGAGUUAUCUCUGUCCUUUAUGUAACAAUCAACCAACUGAUGAUUAAUGUGAAGUAACAAUCUCUUUAAAAACAAACGUAUGAAAAGAAACAAUAAAAAAUAAACUGCUUCCUGUUGGUUCAUAUACACACUACUCAUCAUUGUAAUAUUAGAGGUUGAUAUCUUAAGACAGUUCUCUUUUCUAUGUUUGUAAAGAAUCACGAAAGUGGAGUUUCUAUAUGUUUAUUUACAAUUUAUAUUUAUGGAAACUACUAAUUUAUUCAUCUAAGAUUUAUAUAAAAAUAAUUCUCUGAUUUCUAUACGAAAGUGUUACUUUAUUUACUUUAUUUUUAUUAAUGUGAGAUACAUAUAUACAUGCAUAUUAUUAUUUUAAUUGUGAUAUAUGAAUUAUUAAUGUGAGGACGUCCAUUCGGAUCACAUAUGAAAUCGAAAGGUGUGUAUUUAUUGUAAGAUAUACAUUUUUUCCACCUAAAAUGUUGUAUUUGAAUUUUUCUAAUUAUGAGUAUUUCUCAGUUCGUCUAAAAAACGAUCAACCAACAUUCAAACCGAAACUCUAUGACUGUAAGUUUAUAUGGAUUAUGAUAACAUUCUUUUUUGAAUAACUAUUUGUAUAACUAAGUGGGUUUCACAUUUAAAUAAACAGGUGGUUGUGAUAUUUGCGACUCUUAUGGUAAGAAACGUUACACCAGUAUCUAUAUCUUACCUUAUAUCAUGUUAAACUAAUUUUUUUAAAACAUAUUAGUCAAACAAAAAAAUGCACGUAAAUGAGAAGGGCUAUUACUAAGUUCUGAUCACUGAUUUAUUUUAAAAUAACUUCAGGCUCCCCAACUCGAAAAAUCUCAUCGCAUCUACAUUUCCUCUUCGGAAAAAUGUCCACCAUCUUAUCUACGAUUUCCAUUUUCCUAUCCUAAGACCUUAGUAUUUGUUCUUAGUAACGAUAAUAACUUUCCUCUGCUUCUGCACAUGAGUUAUACCAAACUUUUAUUCCAUAACUGAUCUACUUUACUCUGGACAACUACAAAAGUUUGACAAAUCAAACAACAUAAAAGUUGAUGCGCAUGAACCUCCAGCAUUCCCAUUGUUUUGGAAAAUACAACACUCUCAUUCCAAAUUCUUAUUAUGAUGUUUACUAACUUUAGGAUUGCUAAUUUACAGAAUUUCUACUGUACUAAGAAAUGCAAUAGAAAAUAAGCAAGAAAAAAUGUGAUUACUAAAAAAUCUAUUUUAUGUCCACAUAUGUGUGCAACUGACUAUAUAGGGUGAAAACAAAUAGUUUAUAUAAUCAACCUAAAAUGAAAAAUAAAAAAUUAUAAAAAUGAUAAAAAUAAACUCAACCUAGAUAAUCAUAUAACAAUAAAUAAUAAUAAAUUUAUUAAAAGAUUAUAAUAC